AUGGAGAAUUUGCGAAGACCGUUUGAUAGAUCCAAAGAACCGAUUUUGAAGAGACCUAGAUUAAUGAAAGAUCCGGACCGUGCUUCGAAUUCGAGUGGUCCGAUGAUUCCACAGAGACAACAGCAAGUUACUUCUGCUUCACGGUUCAGACAAAAUGAUAGAGACGUGGAGAAUGAUGACGGUGGUUACCAGCCUCAGCCGCUGCCGUUUCAGGAGCUGGUGGCGCAGUAUAAGAGUGCGCUUGCAGAGCUGACUUUCAAUUCGAAACUGAUAAUUAACAACCUGACUAGAAUUGCGGAUGAAAAUCGAGCUGCUGAGAAGGCUGUUGCUGCUACUAUAUGUGCUAACAUUCUAGAGGUUCCUAGUGAACAAAAGCUGCCAUCUCUUUAUCUCUUGGACAGUAUUGUUAAGAAUAUUGGGCGGGAUUACAUAAAAUACUUUGCUGCCAAACUACCCGAGGUGUUCUGCAAGGCAUACAGACAGGUUGAUCCUCCUGCCCGUCAAAGUAUGAAACAUCUUUUUGGAACUUGGAAAGGAGUCUUUCCUCCUCAGACCCUUCAGGCUAUAGAUAAAGAACUAGGCUUCACUCCAGCAGUCAAUGGUUCGUCUUCAGCAUCUGCUACACUCAGGAGUGAUUCACAGGCACAUCAUCCACCUCAUAGUAUACAUGUUAAUCCCAAGUAUUUUGAAAGACAGCGUGUUCAGGAGUCCAGCAGGACUAAAGGAGUUGUUGUUGAUAUGACUGGAGUAAUUGCAAUCUCAAAUGAUGACCAUGUUGCUGUUAACAUCUACUUAUGGCUAAGUAAUCAACACACUCAUAGAGACCCGUUUGAUGAUCCUGUUCCAGAAAAGAGCGCAUCCUAUGGAGGCAGUGAACAUGGUUCCAAUCUCUCAAGGAAUAUGGGCAUGGGUAUUGGCAGAACUGCUGGCAGCGUAACCGAGUUAGGACACAGAAAUUUGUACAACAAAGCUGGUGCCGGUGUUUCAGGGACCAUAUCUGGGCAAAGAAAUGGUGUUGGCCUCAAGCAUAGUUUUUCAAAUACAGAAGCUACUACUAUUUCAGAUGCACAGCAUCAUCCAACACGAAACAUUACUGGCAUAAAGAGAAAUGUGAUGUCAAGUAGCUGGAAAAAUUCCGAGGAAGAGGAGUACAUGUGGGACGAGAUGCACACUGGAUUGACUAGUCAUGGUGUCCGUACCAACUUGGGCAACGAUGCUUGGACUGCUGAUGAUGAGAAUUUGAACGCUGAAGAUAACCACCACCAAAUCAGAAAUGUUUUUAGGACAAAUGUUGAUAGAGAAAUGACCAAUAAAUCUCAAGCCACUCAAAAGAAACAAUUUCGGCAUCAUCCAUCAUUAUCGUGGAAAUUACAGGACCAGCAAUCAAUUGAUGAAUUGGAUAAGGAACUGGGUCACUCAGAUGGAUGCAUCCCAAUGUCUGGUUCCUUACUAGGCAAUGCAAACUCUUCUGCUGUCAGGAUGGGGAAUCGUGCUUUCCUGCCCAAUGCAAGAAUUGGGGGACAGCAAUUUCAUUCUGUAGGAUCUGAAUCCACUUCUGGGCAGUCACCUUUGCAACAACGCUCUCCCUCGCCACCAAGUAUUGACCACACUUGUCUAAUGGAAAAUUUUGAUAAACAAGACCAUCCCCGCACUCGUAAAACAUCUCAUUUUUUGGGAGGUAUGCAAAGCCAAUAUAUUGAAGAUUCUUCACCCACCCUUUCUCCUAAUAUUCCGGUUGGAGACUUGCAAAGAUCAUCACAGGUAAAAGACUUGCGGGGUCCAUUACCUUCAGCGAGUUUUCAGUCAAGGUAUCAACAACAACUGAGGUCUGCUCACACUGAAGUAAGUGUUAAGAAUGAGAAGCCACCCUUGUCCAAUGUUUCUCUAGCCCGAGAAACCUCAGAGCAGGCAGCCACAAGUCAUACAGAAGUUGCAAGUGUGAAGAGAAGAAUAUCAUCCAACAUGCCAAUUAGUAGUAGUCUUCCAUCUCUAUUAGGGUCUCGGCCUUCUCAAUCAGGCGGUUCUUCCCCUGCCACAUUAUUUUCUUCAGUGUCUACAAAUGCUUCUCCAUCUUCACCUGCUUUGCCAAAAAGACCUCAAAGAAAGGCUGAACAAUCAAUACGGACGUUUACUCUACCACCGGCUUCCUCGAAUGUUAGCAGUGCCUCAGCCCAGACAUCAGGUGCCACAAAUAAAACCUCAAAUCCACUUGCAAGCCUUUUAAGCUCAUUAGUUGAAAAGGGUUUGAUAUCCACUGAAACUGAGACACCGGCUGAGGUACCAUCUGAGGUGGUGGCUCGAUUGGAAGAUCACUGCGACAGCUUUAGUACAAGUAGCUCUAUGCCUGUUGCUUCAUUGUCCGGUUCUGCAGUUGUCCCUGUCCCUUCUAUCAAAGAUGAGUUAGAUGAUACUGCAAAAACACCUAUGACCUUAUCUGAAUCAACCAACACAGAUAUUAGAAAUGUCAUUGGCUUUGAGUUUAAGCCUAAUGUAAUCAGAAAAUUGCAUCCAUCUGUAAUUAGUGGAUUAUUUGAUGAUUUUCCACAUCAUUGCAGCAUUUGUGGCCUUAAGCUCAAAUUCCAAGAACAGUUUAAUAGACACUUGGAGUGGCACGCCACGAGAGAAAGAGAACACAGUGGUUUAACUAUGGCCUCAAGAUGGUAUCUGAAGUCAACUGACUGGGUUGCUGGCCAAGCUGAAUAUUCAUCUGAAAAUGAGUUUACUGAUUCUGUAGAUUCACACGACAAGGAAACAGACAAAAGUCAAGAGGAUGCAAUGGUUCUAGCAGAUGAAAACCAAUGCUUAUGUGUGUUGUGUGGCGAGCUAUUUGAAGAUGUUUACUGUCAGGAAAAUAGCGAAUGGAUGUUCAAAGGGGCUGUUUACGUGACUAACUCUGAUAGCGAUACUGAGACGGGAAUCAAAGAUAUGAGUUCCGGAAGGGGUCCCAUCAUUCACACAAGAUGCUUAUCAGAUAACUUGUUAUCGAGUGUCCUCAAGAUGGAACAGGAUUGA